AUGAAAGUGCCUACGCUGCUGAUCUUUAUUGGACUCUUGGCCAGUUGUUACGGAGACAACUAUGCAGGAUAUAGUAGCUAUGGCGGAAGUGGUGGAUAUGGCAACUACUAUGGAGGAGGAGGCUAUGGCAACUACGGAAGCGGAGGUUAUGGAGGCUACGAUGGCGGUUAUGGAUCAGGCGGCUAUGGAGGAGGAGGCUACAGCGGUUCCUACUCACGGCCAACCAGAAGUCGACAACGCACUGGACGCACUUACUCCGAUAUUGCAAGGGUGCUGGUCCAGGAUAGAUAUCUAGGUCUAGGCGCUGGACGUUAUCUACCCCGAGCUCCCUACUCCCCGCUAUGGGGCUAAAAUUAAGCUUACAGAACUCUCCUCGCAUUUAAUUAUAAGCAAUGUUAAUAUUGUAUGACGAAUAAACUAGAAAACCUUUUAGGAUUAUAAUUAUAC